AUGGAUUCCACUUUACGAGCGUUGCAUGAUGCUUUCGUUGUCGCUUUGAAUACUGUCAUUCACGUCAUUGGAGACAUCACCAACAACAAAAACUUGGACAAAUAUGCAGUUAUUGCAAUGCUGUUGUUGACGACGAAAUUGAUGAAUGGAUGUCCUGGAAUACAGAAUAUGGCUGCUGUGCUUUUGUCUGGGUAUUUCGGAUAUCUAUUCAUAAC